AUGGACAUUCUGUAUUGUUUCUAUUUGUUACUAGCACAAGCAAUAUUUGAUGUUUGCCCAUUGCUCACUGAUCUUAACCUUUUUUAUGAACCAUUAGAAUAUGAUCAACUUGAUCAUUUGCAAAGUACAGUUGCUAAUUUAAUAUUUUUACCAAAAACUGAUUUAACUUGGAGAGGAAAACAUUAUAAACAUUUAUCCAUAUCUGUGGAUGUUACUCCAGCCAUAUUUAUUUUCAAUGAAAAAAAAUCAAUGCCGUUUGUACGUGAGUAUAGUGCAGUUUUAGGAUAUUUAUCUCAUUUUGACAAACUAAUAAUUCCAAAAAUAAAUCGAACUUGCUCAAAUAUUACUGGCGAACAAGACGAUAGAGAAUCAAUUUGGCGUUUAUCUUUUUCUCAUAUUGAAUAUGAAAUAAUGAGUAAAAUCUCAAAUGAAAUAAAACAAGGAUAUAAAAUAGCAAAAGCAUUUCGAUUAGAUUCUCUAUCUUGUACACUAUUUUUACCAAUUAUGUCAAUAGUACUAGUUGCUGAUGAUUAUAAACAAGAUAUAUGGCCUGAAUUUGAACGAGGCGAUUGUUUAAUGUUUAACGAUGAAAAUAAGUUAGAAUGUUCAGAUGAUGAUUCAGCUGGUGUAGAAUUUGGUGCAACACAUGCUAUUCAAAGUUAUCAUUUAAAAAAUAUUUUUUUAGCAUAUAUUGACAAAUUAUUUUUGAAAUAA